AUGGCCUGCGAGAAAAUCGGUGACCCGGUGAAAUCGACUGUGACCGAGCCUUGCGAUUAUCAUCAUGCUUUACUUGCUGGAGAUCAUGUAUGGCUAUUUGGAAGGAACUUUGUGAACCUGCCGACACACAGCUGGGGACAUCGAGUCGCGUUGGCAGGAACGUACGGAGUGGCAUUUAACCUCGGUAAUAACAAAUGGGAGGAGCCUCAGAAAUUCCCAGCUCUAUCGCAAGAGGAGAAUGUCAGCGAAGUCUUAUUCGUCCUCAACAAGGCCAUUUACAUUCUUCUGUUCUCUGCGUUCAGUGAACUUUCGAUGAAAUCGCUCCACAAAUGGACAGGAACUGCUUGGGAACCAGUGAAGCUUGAGAGCUUCCCAACAAUAGCUGCUGCUGAUCCGGCCGAGCGCGUUACUAUGGUAGUAGCUGAAGGUCCUCAUCAGGAUUCGAGGUAUCUAGUCAGUACUGUUGGACACAAAAUCAGAGUAGCACACCUGAAGUUGACCGAUGGUGCAGCCCAAAUAACACACGUCCUGGAUGUGCCAGACGAUGCUACAAUUUCGCUCGCACAAGCUGUAUCGGCUGUGGAAUCUGGAGAUCGGUUGUUGAUAGGCUACGGUGUUCAUGGAUGCGGAUUCCGAUGGGAGAAGAACCGUCUCGUCUUGUGCCAUCUCAACCAGAAGUCUUGUGAAGCACUUAAUAUCCCUUCUGAAGCAGGUCCAAGAUGGGGAUUUAGCGGUGCUAAGGGACUGGCUCUUUCACCAACUGGAGCAUGGAUUCAUGCAUCAGGAAAUAUUCCAUCAGGCAUGCAUGGAAGUUCAUUCGACGGGUCCAUUUGGGCGCUAACCAAUCUGGGUUCAACGCCGGUAUGGCACCAACUUGAAGGAAAUGUACCCUCUGAAGGAGAUGUAGUGAUCGGCAAUGGACGUGUCAUUAGUGUCGACAAAGACGGUGUGCACAGCCAACAACUGAAAGAGUGA